AUGAGCUUACCAAACCUCAGCACAGCUUCUACCAAAUCUAACUGCCCUUUAUGUAAUAAACUCGUUAAAGUAACCAAAUUGGGGCUAUUGCCAUCUCAUCAAAACCAGAAGAUAAAAUGUCCUCAAUCUGGGCUUCCCAUCUUAUCACCAGCUAUCCCUCGAACCCUAAAGGCCUUUUCUGCCCUUGCCCUCGCACAACCUAUAGUUACCAUUCCCACGUUGACUGAUACACCCUGUCAUUUGCCUUUACUACCUUGCAAAGUUCCUGAUCCUGCCAGCAAAAAAUCUCUGACACAGCAAAUCAAGGAUGCUACUAUCUACCCCUUACCCAUCAGUCACUUUUCCACAUCUUUUAAAGGUGAUGACACUGAUAAAAAUAAAAAUCACAAAAAUGACCUACUCACCAAGGCCAAGCUUAUAUCUAAAAAGCUGGAUAACCUGAAUGUUAAAUCCGCCAUACGACUGGCAACAUCUGACAAUAAGCUAGCUCCCUACGAUCAAACAACUUAUCAAGCUCUUCUCCUAAAACAUCACCCACACGAUCUUAAUGACGAAAUACCGUCUUACCCCGAAGCUCCUCUAAUUGCAACCACUUUUACCUCAAGCGAGGUUAGAAAGGCUAUUCUCUUCUUCAAACGCGAUUCUUCACCGGGGGUUAAUGGGUUUCGCCCAAUAUUCCUACAGGAUCUAACCGCACCUUACAUCACACAACAAUGCGACGUUUUGGAAAAAAUUACUCAACUCAUCAACCGUAUGCUUGCUGGAGGCUUACCACCCGCCAUUAUUCCACUCCUUUAUGGAGCUAAACUCAUCGCCCUCCAUAAACCUAAUAAAGAUAUUCGCCCUAUCGCUAUUGGGACCACUUGGCGCCGAUUAACCGCAAAGCUAGUAGUGAGCAGAAUAUUGUUCACAGUAUCCAAUCACCUGUGCCCUAAUCAAUUAGGAGUCAACGUAAAAGGAGGAUGUGAGGUAUCCCUACACAUGACCAGAAUGUAUCUACAAACAGACCCCAGUGACGAUAUCCUAAUUAAGAUAGAUUUUUCAAACGCUUUUAACUCUCUAAAACGUUCAGCGUUUCUUAAUCCCAUCCUUACCCUUUACCCAGAAUACUCGCAAUUCAUCUUCGAUUGUUAUGCUAGUCCAUCGCAUCUUCAAUUUGGAGAUAGAUUGAUUCCUUCUAGUAAUGGAAUACAACAAGGUGACCCUCUAGGCUCCUUUUUAUUCUGUCUGGGCAUUAAUAGCCUAAUACAAGGCAUAAAUGACCAAUGUAAACUAAACCUUCAUAACUGGUAUAUCGACGAUGGUAUACUAGGCGGCUCACCCAGCGAAGUUAUGAAGGCGGUCGAAAUAAUAAAAUCCAGCGAGAGCAGUUUGGGACUGCGAAUAAAUCAAGACAAGAGCGAAUAUUGUCCUCUUGGAAUCAUCGACCUUAAUUAUGAUCCUAUGUUCAAUCAUACACCAUUGAACUUCUUAACACAUCUCGGAUCUCCAGUGGGUAAAGACGAGUCCUUUGUCAAGUUCUUCGCCGACACUCUACUAGAGAUAUCCCUCAUGCGCGAUACACUAUCUCGCCUCCCAGCCCACCAAGCGUUCUUUCUAUUAAAGAACUGCCUCCUAAUCCCAAAAAUUCUAUAUACACUCCGAUCGUCACGUAUCUUCCAAUACGACGUCAACCUCGCCGCACACGAGCUAGAGAUUAAACACCUCACAGAGGAUAUACUCAAUCUCAAAUUCGGAGACCUAUCUUGGCUACAAGCUACCUUGCCAACCAAAUCCGGCGGCAUUGGCAUACGAUCGCCUUCCCUACUCUCUGUUAGUGCGUUUAUAUCCUCUCGCCUGUCCUGCGAGCCCAUCAUACACGCACUCACAAAACAUCUAGACCCUUUACUUCCCCAGGCAAUUGAUCUAUGGAAAUCUCUUUCAUUAGUCGAUCCUCCCUCAUCGGCACUGCAGAAGGACUGGGAUAAGCCUCUAGUUGGCAACUCCGUUGCAUACCUUAAAUCGAGGAGCCAACCCGAGGACCAUUCUCUACUCUUCUCCAUUUCCGCAGAUAGCGGAUAUGAAUUUCUCGAUGCUUUUCCAUCGCGAAACCUUGACCAGCUCCUAAGCAAUGAUGAGCUACGUCACGCCAUCGGUCUAAGACUUAAUUGUGAUAUGGUAUACCCUAUCACUGCAUCCUUUGUCAAACGCCGGUCAACUCCAAAGGCCGUCACUCUUUACACUGCAAGCGCUGUAGAGGCAGAUUCAUUAGACAUUCAAAAUGCAAUGAUACUAUUGCCAGGGCCCUAA